CAAAACGCGGUCACACUCGGUAGUUGUGGGCGAAAAAAGUUGUCUAUUUGCUCCGCAUUUACGGCGUUAUCAAUCAAAAGUGCAACAAUUCGCGAGUGCCGACAGGUGAAGGGCCACGAAAAGCAGCGCGUAACGGCACAACCGCUAAUCAGGCAGCCGCAGCGAGUGCGAAACAAAGUGCGCCCUCGGUAACAGUGACCGGAGCGGAACAGGGAACAGGAGACUUCUUUUAUCGCCGCUGGGCUGAAAGCAACAAUUGAACGAACACACGCACCUCGGCGGAAAGAGCGAGCGAGAGAGGACGAGCGAGGGAGAGGCACAAACACCGACACCGACACUCACACACACUCCACAUCAACACGAGCACACACACCCCCGUACACGGCACAAAGGUUAUCAACAGCAACAACAAGAGCAACAAACUUACUUUAAAUAUAUAUAAAAUUAAAUAACAAAAAAGGGAAAAGAACAAGGAGAAAAACGUUCUAAAAGAACCACACGAAACUGCAACCGAAAAGCAAUCGCCGAACAACGCCUAAACUAGUGAUUUUUUGGAGAGAGUGGAGAGAGGAGAUAAGGAGAAACAAAUUCUGCACAACACAAAACAACACAACGGAAAAAACAGCAACAACAAAAACAACUCGCGGAGACUUGUGACUUUGUGAGGAGAGAAACCCACCUGAAAAACCUACCUGCAUUUUGGGCUAUUGACCAUUAAAAGAUAGAAGAGAAACCAUGCGUGAGUACAAAAUCGUGGUGCUGGGCAGCGGUGGCGUUGGCAAAUCGGCGCUAACAGUCCAGUUUGUCCAAUGCAUCUUCGUGGAGAAGUACGAUCCUACCAUCGAGGACAGUUACCGGAAGCAGGUGGAAGUGGAUGGUCAGCAAUGCAUGCUGGAGAUUCUGGAUACGGCGGGCACGGAGCAGUUUACGGCCAUGCGGGAUCUCUACAUGAAGAACGGACAGGGCUUCGUCCUGGUCUACUCCAUAACGGCGCAAUCGACCUUCAAUGAUCUGCAGGACUUGCGGGAGCAGAUACUGCGCGUCAAGGAUACGGAUGAUGUGCCGAUGGUGCUGGUGGGCAACAAGUGCGAUCUGGAGGAGGAGCGCGUCGUCGGUAAGGAGCUGGGCAAGAGCCUAGCCACCCAAUUCAACUGCGCCUUCAUGGAGACGUCAGCCAAAGCCAAAGUGAAUGUAAACGAUAUUUUCUAUGACCUGGUCAGGCAGAUCAACAAGAAGUCGCCAGAAAAGAAACAGAAGAAACCGAAAAAGUCCCUAUGUGUUCUGCUAUAAGACUUCCAAAACAAAACAAAACAAAAGAAAACUAAAAUCAGAAAACAGAAAACAUAAAACCGAUAACCGAAACGGAGCAGAUUUUAGAAGGGGAGAAAUUUAAGAGUAAAGUUUAAAGCAAAAGAGAUUUUUAAUUAUUUUUUGUUUCCGUUUCUCGUUUCGUUUCGAUACGUUUUUGAACCGAAUAACCCAAUCUACUUACAUAUACAAACAAGAAAAAGCUAAAAACUACUACUAAAACUAAAAGCUGACAAUGUUCUUUAACUGUUUCAACAAGUUUUUUGUAAUUAUUACCAUUUACUACUUAUUAUUAUUACUAUUAUGAUUGUACUAUUUUUCUCUGAUGAUUAACCAUUAAUGCCUACAUACAUAUAUAUGGGGAAUUAUUAUGAUAUAUACUAUACAUAUUUAA